GAAUUCCGGUUGACUCAUUUCCCUUGAGCAAAACGCCUAAGCCAUAGACUUUGAAUGUUCUCCGAUUCAAUGCAAUGGAAAACCUCGAAUGAAUUUGUGCAGUGAUCAGCUCGUUACCGGAAAAUGACCGGAGGUGGCAGAAGAAGUGCUCGGAGCCGAAUCAAGUCUGUAGAUUCUAAAGAAGACGACGAUGUUGGAAAUACUAAACCAAACUUGAAGCUUCGUCGGGGGAGGAGUAGAGUUGACGACAGUGCACUUCGGAUUCUGAACGUCAAUCUCAAAGUCGUGUUAGGUUUCACCUUUUUAGCGUUCGUGAUCAUCUUCUUCACUAUCCAGCAUCUGAUGCAUCCAGUUGAAGAAGCUCAGAGGGCUAGGGUUGUCACUCCGUUUCCUGCUCCCAAAAUCAUGGACCUGCCUCAGUUUCAGGGCGAGCAUAAAGAGAGCUUGUACUGGGGAACUUAUCGUCCCCAGGUUUAUUUUGGUGUCCGCACAAGGACUCCCCGGUCUUUAAUUGCUGGUUUGAUGUGGAUUGGCAUGAAGGAUGAGAGGUAUUUUAUGCGACAUGUCUGCCAAGAUUCGGAUGAGCUAAGCAAAUAUGGUUGGACACGGCAUAAUGGACGUGAUUAUGGACAACAGCUUCUGGUUGACCAAGAAAUGACCCUGGAAACAAGUUUCUUGAAAUCUAAAGGGGUUGACAGUGGUUAUGGAGGAGAUUGGGCAGUUAGACUUGAAGUGCAAAUUCAGAAAACUAGGUGGAAUGAUGAGUUCCAGAGGAAUGCCAACCUUUUUUUCUACUUGGCUGAUGAAGAUGGAAAUGCUCUAACUUUAAGUCAAGAUACAAUACAGAUGCAACAGAGUUCUCUUGUGGCCUUGGGUUCACGAACAGACAUUGGAGGCUGGCAGCUGCAUAUCAAAUCAAAGGCUGAUUUGGAAGUCCAUUAUUCUGGUUUUAGGACACCUCACAUCCACAAUUUAUCUGAUCUUGUGCAAGAAAAUCUGUCAGAUCAAGCAGUGAAGUUUGGCCUACUUCGGCUAUCUGACACAUAUGAUGAUUCUUCAAACGUUUUAGUUUUUCAGCUUUUGGGUAGGACACCAUUCGAAACAGAUUUGGUUUUUGUGACUGGGAUAGGUGAAAAUUCAAGAGUAGAAGAACGCAUAAGUAGCCUUUCAGGUGUCAUGUUGACCAAUCAACUAAAAGAGAAGCAAGGAGAAUUUGAUGCAAAAUUUGAAAGUUGCUUCAAGCUAGCUGACAAGCUUGAUUCUGAAUCCAUCAUUGUUGGUAAAGCUGCUAUUGCAAACAUGCUGGGUGGCAUUGGCUACUUUUAUGGGCAAUCAAAAAUUUCAGUCCCCACAAAUUCUAAUGCUAAAAAUCAUGAUAAUUUUCUUCUAUAUUGGCCUGCUGAGCUAUACACAGCUGUCCCGAGUCGACCCUUCUUUCCAAGGGGAUUUUUAUGGGAUGAAGGUUUUCAUCAACUAUUAAUCUGGCGCUGGGAUAUACAUAUAUCUUUGGAUAUUAUUGGACACUGGUUGGAUCUAAUGAAUAUUAAUGGAUGGAUUCCACGAGAGCAAAUUUUAGGUGCUGAAGCAUUAAGUAAGGUGCCUGAGGAAUUUGUUCUACAGCAUCCAAGUAAUGGAAACCCACCAACUCUAUUCCUGGUUUUACGUGAUCUAGUCCAUGGCAUGAGGAAAAACAAGUUCACAGUCAGUGAAAGCAAUGAAAUCACUUCCUUCCUAGAAAGGGCAUUUGUUCGCCUUGAAGCAUGGUUCCAGUGGUUCAAUACUACCCAGUCAGGAAAAGAGGUUGGCAGCUAUUACUGGCAUGGAAGAGACAACAAAACAAUUCGUGAAUUAAACCCAAAGGCACUGUCCUCUGGGUUUGAUGAUUAUCCCCGUGCAUCGCACCCUACUGAAGAUGAACGUCAUUUGGAUCUUAGAUGCUGGAUGCUUCUUGCAGCAGAUUGUAUGGAUUCCAUAUCUAAGUUGUUUGAGAUGAAACAGACAGGAGUGGAGGAAUAUGGUUCAAUGGCUAAGUUGCUUUCAGACUUUGCAACUUUGAAUCAGAUGCACUUUGAUUAUGUUCGUGGAGCUUAUUUUGAUUUUGGCAACCAUACAGAAAAGGUUCGAUUAAGUUGGGCAGAAGUAAAGGUAGGAAACAAUCAUCCAAGGAGAGAGCUCAUCCGGGAAGUUUUAGAGAGACCAGAGUUGAAACUGGUUCCUCAUAUUGGAUACGUCAGCCUUUUUCCCCUCAUGGCAAGAAUUAUUCCACCAGAAUCCUGGAUUCUGGGAAAGCAGCUUGACCUCAUCUCAAACAAGAGCAUCUUAUGGACUGAUUUUGGAUUACGUUCUCUCUCCAAAACAAGUUCAUUGUACAUGAAAAGGAACACUGAGCAUGAUCCACCUUACUGGAGAGGUCCAAUUUGGAUGAAUAUGAACUACAUGAUUCUUUCUGCACUCCACCAUUACUCAUUGGAGAAUGGACCGUACAGAGAAAGGGCCAAAGCCAUAUACGAUGACUUGAGGAGCAAUUUGAUUAGAAACGUGGUUCAGAACUACUACCAGACUGGGUAUUUGUGGGAACAGUAUGAUCAGAAGCAGGGAAAGGGAAAAGGAGCUCGACUGUUUACUGGAUGGACAUCACUUCUGCUAUUGAUCAUGGCAGAAGCCUAUGGUGAAAGUUAGGACAUUUAAGUCAAUGAUGUUUCAAUUGGAAACAGAAGGAAUUUUUGUAUUCUAAUCUUCAGUGCUACUUAUAAUCCUAUAGUUUCCAUCAUAUUAAAUUUUUUAUGAAUAUUUGUACUUUUGAGAAAAAUGGUUAUUAUCAAAUUAUCUGAUGCAGCCCUGCAGGCAUUAAUGUGAAGAC